CACUUCCUCAUACCCUCCCUGAUCUGCUGAGCUCCCUCAGACACUGCACCUACCAGACCCACAACUGAAGCUCCUGGAAGCGCAGCUCAGGAUGCUGGUCCUUCUGGAGCGAGUGUGGGGGUCUCUCUCCCUCAAUCAGAGAUCCCCGCGGGGGCUCCUGCUCUCUGGCGCCCUCUUGCUGCUCCUGUACGUCGUGUUGAAGCUCACGCUGCGGACUGUGCGCUUCCUGUGGCGCUACAGCGUCAACGCGCGGCGGCUCCGGUGUUUCACCGAGCCGCCGCGAAGAAACUGGAUCUUAGGACACCUCGGCCUGAUGAAGAACACGGAGGAGGGUCUGCAAGCGGUGGACGAGCUCGUCAGGACCCACGUGCACUCCUGCUCCUGGUGGCUCGGUCCCUUCUACCCCCUGCUGCGCUUCUUUCACCCCGACUACAUCAAACCCCUGCUGAUGGCCUCCGCUUCAGUCGUGGUCAAGGAUGAACUCUUCUAUGGAUUUCUGCGCCCAUGGCUGGGGAAUGGCCUCCUGCUCAGUAAUGGCGAGCGCUGGGCGCGGCACAGACGCCUGCUGACUCCCGCCUUCCACUUCGACAUCCUGAAACUCUACAUGGAAAUCUUCAACAAGUCCACGGACAUCAUGCACGCAAAGUGGCGCCACCUGCUGGCUGAGGGGACCAGCUGCCUGGAUAUGUUUGAUCAGGUCAGUCUGAUGACUCUGGACAGCCUCCUCAAAUGCACCUUCAGCUACGACAGCAACUGCCAGCAGAAACCCAGCGAGUACAUCGCUGCCAUCUUUGAGCUGAGCACCCUGGUGAAGCAGCGGCAGUUCCACCUGCCCCAUCACCUGGACUUUCUGUACCGGCGCUCGGAGGAGGGCAGGCGGUUCGCCCGCGCCUGCGCCGUCGUUCACCAGUUCACCUCCGCGGUGGUGCGGCAGCGCAAAGCAGCCCUGCAGAGCCAGCAGGGACUGGGAGAGGAGCUGCUGGCAAAGAAGGGCAAGGUGACGGACUUCAUCGACGUGCUGCUGCUCUCCAAGGACGAGGACGGGAAUGGACUCUCCGACGAAGAGAUCAAAGCAGAAUGCGACACCUUUAUGUUUGAAGGUCACGACACCACAGCCAGUGGAAUCUCCUGGGUCCUUCACAACCUCUCCCAGCACCCAGAGUACCAGGAGCUGUGCAGAGAGGAGAUCAACACGCUGCUGGCAGGGCGAGACAGCGAGGAGAUCGAAUGGAAUGAUCUGUCUCAGCUGCCCUUCACCACUAUGUGUAUAAAGGAGAGUCUCCGACUGCACCCUCCCGUCAACGCGGUGACGCGCCGCUUCACCAAGGACAUCAAGGUACCAGAGGACCGUCUCAUCCCUUCAGGAAAUAUCUGCCUGGUCAGUAUCUAUGGAACCCACCACAACCCAGUAGUGUGGCCUGAGCCUGAGGUUUACAAUCCAUACCGCUUCGACCCGGAGAAUGCUAAAGGCAGGUCGUCAUACGCCUUCAUCCCCUUCUCUGCAGGGCCCAGGAACUGCAUCGGGCAGAACUUUGCCAUGGCUGAGAUGAAGGUGGUGGUGGCUCUAACCCUGCGUCGAUUCAGGGUCUCUCCCCACACCAAGGAGGUCCGUCGCAAGCCAGAGCUCGUCCUCCGAGCCGAGGGAGGCCUCUGGCUUCAACUGGAACCAAUAACCAAGCGGUGAACAUCGUCCCAGCACCUCUGAGACCCCCCCAACAACCAACCAGUGAAACCCUGAACCAGAGGAUAUGGUCCCAGCAUCUGAGACCCCCCAAUAACCAGAGCUUCCGCCUUGAUUUUUGAAUGUGUUUUGCGAUUGAUUGUUCAUUCUCGAGUGUGUCUCAUCUUUACUUUCCAUCCCUUGAUUUUUUUGUACAAUGGUAAUUCAUUGUAUUGCUUCUAUUAUGCACAAGGUUUCCUUUUUUAAAUGCGAUUCCUGUUAGCACUCUCAGUGUUUCCACUGGUCCCCCUCUUCCUGAUUCCUUGCUUGUUUUUAGAUUUACUGUAGAGCUGAUUGGAGCACGUCCACACCAUUCUGAACUCCCAGGGAUGCUCAGCUCUUAAUGCGGUGGCAUUGCUCUUGCACUGUUUGUGGUUUCCAAGAAAUGCAAAAAAAUCAAGUUUGUAUUAUAUUUUCAUGCUUUCAUGUUUAAAUGUUAAUGCAUUUUAUAUAGAUAUAAUUUGACUGGA